GCGGGGCGCGGCCACCGGGGCCUCGCGCGGGCUGCGGCUCCAGUCCCCUCCUGCCGCGCUUCGCCCGCGCCACGUGUGUCCGCGGCCGUGGCCGCUGCAGGGCGGGCUCUGGGAGGGAGGCUGAGCUGUACAGGCAGAGAGAGGGAGACAGAGAAAGUGUUUUAGUAUUAAUCUUAGUCUUAGUUUAGUCUUAAUCGUAGUCUCAGUCUUAUCAGGGACGGAUCCAGGAUUUGGCAAAGUGGGUGCGGGAGCAGCCAGCCUCCCUGCAGGGCUGGCUGGACGCCCCCUCUUCAGCCCACCUUCUGGUGUGGUCAGGCUGGAGCCUCUGGGGACUUCCUUUUUUGAAGCCCUCAAAGCAGAUAAGAAUUUGGCACCUUCCCUUGCCCCUUUGUGCCUCCUCCCCUUCCCCCCUGAUGGGGGGCGACUGGUGCCUUCCGAGUUUGGGGGGGCAUGACGGGGGGAGGGGGGCGUCCCCCAGUGGCCGGUAGCUGAGCACGGCGGUGGCACGGUGGUGGAAGUCAAUCUUGGGGGGUGCACUAGCUCUCUGUGCCCCCCUACCAGCCAGAGCGCUUGCGGUCAGGGGGGCACCUGUGAUCUCAGGGGGCCUCCCCCCCAUGUUGCCUAUGCCUCUGACUGCUGCCGCCACUGUCCCAGGCCAGGGAAGCUUCUGUUCCCUUGAACCUGGCUGCAAAAGGACUGGGCUGAGCUGAGAUGGGGGCAGCAGAAGCAGUGGAGAUAGGCAGGCUGUAUCCCCCCGCUCCACCCGGUUCCCCCAGGGGCAGGCAUGGGAAGGAGGCACCCCCCUUCCCAUCGCUUCUGCUGCUGUCAUUGCUCCCAGCUGAGCCCAUCCUUGCACAGCCUGGCUGGAGCAGGGAGGCUUCCCUGGCCCCACGAGGGACAGGGGAAAAUCAGUAGCAGCAGGUUGGGGAGGACAGGGAAGGGGAGAGGAGCUGCCUCUGAGCAGGAAGGGGAAGGAGGGGAAUUUUACAUGCUUUGGAGACUUUAAAAAAGCCCUCAAGGCUCCCAAGACCUAAUCGGAGGUGGGGGGUGGGAAUGCAGGCACACUGCUGCACUUCCUUUGGAUCUGCCCCUGUGUGCCUGUAUCUACCCCAGUACCAUCUUUGUGUGCCCAUGGUACAAGUGCAUGAACACUGUGUGCCCCUGGAGGCCGGGGGGCAUGAUGAGCUCCCGCAGGCGGUGGCAGCACUGUUGGGAACGGGAGUAUGGCAGCGGCGGUUUCAUUGGUGUGGGGGUGGUGGCGAAUGGUGACUUUUUUGCAGGGGCUACACCGCCACACUCAGGGGGUGCAUGUGUGUACCUGUGUCACCCUCUAGACAUUGCCAAGGUACAAGUGCCUUUGGCUGUUGUACACACAAGAAGGGUGAUGUUUUUCACCAAUGAUAAAAGACAUUUUAUGAAUCCAAGGUAUCAUUGCUUCCUUACUUGAUUACAAUUUAAAGGCCAAGUGGUUAACAGAAUUAUUUUGGUUGCGGGGGGUGAUGUCAGAUCUAGACGUUUGAAGCAAGGGGAGGGUACAUAUGGUAUGGAACAUUGUAACAUAUUAACACCAAAACUACUUUUCUCCAGUUAAAAAUAAACUAGAAGCUUUGCUAAUAUGGUAGGGGCCUAGGGCUGUAUUAUUCAGUUGAAGAUUGAAGCAAAAACAAACAUGACUUCAUUGGAAUGAGUUACAAACAGGCUGCAUGGCUGUGAAAUAGGAGCUUUAUUACCAUAAGCAGCUAACAGGUCACAGAAUUGCAGAGUGAAGGCUAGCACGAAUCGUGGAACAUCAAGACCAGUGCACCAGUGCAUACCCCCUGGAUUCACCCCUGGGUGUAUAAAACAUUGGAUAUGUGGAUAAAACACCCAGUUGUUUAGAGAGAAGGUUUGUAGAUGGAGAGCUGAAUAUUUGUUAUAAUGCUGUAGAUCGUCAUGUUGAGAAUGGACGAGGAAACCAGAUUGCGAUCAUGUAUGAUAGCCCUGUAACAAAUAUCAAAGAGGCUAUAACUUUCAAAGAAGUUCUUGAACAGGUCUCCAAGUUAGCAAAUGUUAUGGUUAAACAUGGCGUGAUGAAAGGAGAUCGCGUUGUCAUCUACAUGCCCAUGAUUCCGGAGACAAUGCUUACUAUGUUGGCAUGUGCAAGAAUAGGAGCCAUACAUAGCCUCAUUUUUGGUGGAUUUGCAUCGAAGGAGCUUUCUACUCGAAUUGAUCAUGCAAAGCCAAAACUCAUUGUAGCAGCAACUUUUGGAAUAGAACCAGGAAGGAAAGUGGAAUAUAUACCCCUCCUAGAAGGAGCACUGGCAAUGACGCAACAUAAACCUGAAAAAGUUCUCAUUUACCAUCGCCCUAACUUGGGCACUGUUCCUCUUGUCCCAGGUCGUGAUCUGGAUUGGGAUGAAGAGCUUGCAAAAGCACAGCCUCAUGACUGUGUUGCUGUUCGUUCAGAUGAUCCACUUUAUAUUCUUUAUACAUCAGGAACUACUGGCUUGCCCAAGGGUGUUGUUAGACCAACGGGGGGCUAUGCAGUUAUGUUGAACUGGACCAUGUCAGCUAUAUAUGGACUCAAACCUGGAGAGGUGUGGUGGGCAGCUUCCGAUUUAGGUUGGGUAGUUGGCCAUUCCUAUAUUUGUUAUGGACCUCUCCUGCAUGGAAAUACAACUGUUUUGUAUGAGGGGAAGCCUGUGGGAACGCCAGAUGCUGGUGCUUAUUUCCGUGUGCUAGCGGAGCAUGAAGUGGCUGCUUUUUUUACUUCACCAACUGCAAUUAGAGCAAUCCGUCAACAGGACCCUGAGGCGGCCUUGGGAAAGCAGUACUCUUUGACAAGGUUGAGAACAUUAUUUGUAGCUGGUGAGCACUGUGAUGUGGAGACUUUAGAAUGGUCAAAAAAAGUCUUCAAGGUUCCAGUUUUGGAUCACUGGUGGCAAACAGAAACUGGAUCUGCAAUUACAGCUUCCUGCAUCGGUUUGGGGAAUUCAACAUCACCACCACCAGGACAGGCAGGAAAACCAGUGCCAGGCUACAAUGUGAUGAUUCUGGAUAAUAACAAGCAAACAGCGAAGACCAAGACUUUAGGAAAUAUUGUGGUAAAGUUGCCUUUGCCUCCUGGUGCCUUCUCAGGUCUUUGGGAAAAUCAGGAAAUGACCGAGAAGAUAUAUUUCCAAAAAUUUCCAGGCUACUAUGAUACCAUGGAUGCAGGUUACAUGGAUGAGGAAGGCUAUUUAUAUGUGCUGUCUCGAGUUGAUGAUGUGAUCAAUAUUGCAGGUCAUAGAAUUUCGGCAGGAGCAAUUGAGGAGAUUAUCCUUUCCCAUGGUGCUGUGACUGACUGCGCUGUUGUGGGCCUGGAGGAUGCUUUGAAAGGUCACGUUCCACUAGCACUGUGUGUAUUGAGAAAUGAUGUAAAGAUGGAAGAAGAGAAAGUUUUGGAAGGGAUUGUUAAAUGUGUUCGACAGAACCUUGGUCCUGUGGCAGCCUUCCAAAAGGCAGUGUUCGUGAAACAGAUACCAAAGACACGUUCUGGCAAGAUACCACGUUCUGCUCUUUCUGCCCUUGUCAAUGGCAACCCAUAUCAGAUAACACCAACCAUUGAGGAUCCUCAUGCAUUUAAACAUAUAGAAGAAGUGCUGAAGAACAAAUAAAAGAACUGUUGUCCAUCUUAUAGUAUAUUGUACUAACAAACCUCCUAAUGAACUGAGUUUAUAGAGUUUCUAUUCAGCAAUGCAAGAUAUUUAAAAAUCUGAAAUAAUCUGGGGCUAUUUUUUUUACUAUAAAGCUGUUACUGUAUUCUUUAUCAUGGACAGCAAAAUAUACUGAGUGUAUAGGAAGGACAUUGUAAUUUUUAUUUUACUGGAUGUUGAGAUGUUUAACUAUGCAAUGGCAAAGAGUUUUAACAGCAUCUUGGAAGGAAGGUCCAUGGAUUCAUAUAUUUUAAGGCAAGAAAGGAUAUUAGAUCCUGUAAUCUGACCUCUUUAAUCACAGGCUCUUGAAUGUUGCCUGGUGCCCCAUCACUUGUAAUUUGUAUUUGCUUAAGGCAUAUCUUUGGAAAGGCUUCCUAAAUCACUUGGAUUUAAAAAUAUCAAGAGAUGGAGAAUCCACCACUUAACUUGGUUGUUUGUUGCAACAGAAAAUCACCCUUGCUGUUAAGAAUUUCUUCCUUAUUUUCAAUUUAAAUGGUCUGAUUUCAGCUAUUUUUGUGGCUUUCUCUGGUAGAUUAAAGAGCACUUUCGAAUGGUAUUUUUCUCAGUGAAGGCUCUUAUACACUGUACUCAACUCCCCUCUCAAUCUUCUUUUUUGAUAAGCUUAAACGCAUAAGCUUCAUAAGCCUCACUGAUAGGCAUUUUCUCCAGCUCCCAAUAAUGUUUUCCAGUUCCCUUUCCAGUUUCUCAACACCCUAUUUAAAAUAUGGAUGAAAGAACUGUCACAGUAUUCUAGUAUCCAUCUCACUAAUGCUGUAUGCAGAGGUAAAAUCACCCCCAAUUACUCCUCCUUCCACAAUUACUAUCUUUCCAUGCCAUCCAACUGAAAGGUCAUUUUGUGGCAUUUGUCCACUAUAACUCCUAGAUUCUUUUCAGAGACUGCUUUCCAGUUAGCUUUGCAUUCGGCUAUGUUAAAAUAUAUUUUGUUCAAAAUGGUUUGCCAGUUUACCAGGUGCUGCAAAUCAUUAUGUAUGGCUGCCCUUUUCUCCUCACUAUUUAAUCUUCUGCUGCUCCUUGUGUCAGUCAUCCCCAGAUUUUUAUCAGAAAUGAUUUCAAAUACUGGAUUUCCAGAUAAUGGAUACAACUUGUAGAAUUGUAUCCAAAUUAGUUUUUUACCUCUGCUGAAUUUUGUUAGGAUCACCACUUUUUAGAGGGUGCACCAUUAACAACUAUUUUUUUAAAUCUACCAAAUAGCUGGUUCUCAUCCUAGUUAACUGUUAACCUGUGCUUCAUUGAUUUUAUGUAGUGCCAAUUUUUUAAUCACUAUGUCAUGCACUAAGUCAGUUAUCUUACAUCAUGCUGUUACAACUAAGCUGCUGCCUUUAUUAACCAAACUUGCCAUCUUAUCAAAGAAUAAAAUCAAGUUUGUUUGGCAGGACCUAUUAUUUUUCCAUAAAAUCAUUAUAAUUUACAUUAAUUAUAUUUCUGUGCUUUUGUUCUUCAUCAAUUGAAUUUCAUAUCACCUUUUCACUGUUUUGUCAAGGACUGACAAUUAACCAGCCUGAUUUUCACUCUUGGUACGUUUAGUACUGUUUUAGUUUUCUAGACCUCCCCAGUAUUCCAAGAUUGAUUGAGAGUUUACAUCAGUGGUCCAGUGAUUUCAUCAGUUAGCUCUUUAAAGGCUCUUGGGUACCAGGUUAGGUUGAUAUAAAAAUAUCUGUAGUGAAUUUAUUACUAAGAGAAUAGAAAGUACUUUUAUCAUCUCCGGGUAUACAAACAUAUUGUUCUGCUUUUUUGCAAACACACAAUAGAAAUAUUUUUGACCAUUCUUCCCUUCUAUGCAUCAUUAAUAAUAUUAACAUCCCUGCCAUUAAUAGGGAUAUAAAAUUACUGGAUUUCUUUUUUCUAAUAAACUUGAAAUGUCCCUUUUUAGUGUCUUUAGCCCUGUAAGUCAUAGUUGUUUUCUAUGUCUUUAGGUUCCUUUACCAAUUUAUGUUGUACAACUUUUGAAUUAGAUCAGUUGCUUUUUGUUUCCUCUUUCCACCAUUAUAUGGAAUUAUAUUUAACUGGUGCCUUCACUUUGCUACUGAAUCAGCAUGGGCUUUUAUUCAAAGUUGUUCUUUUUUCUUGCUUCUGGAAUUGCAGCUUUUUGACCAAAAUGUUUGUGGUGGAAGAUACUCAUUUGUCUAUUUCUUAUUUUAAGGUUAUUUUUCAGUUGAGAGAGGAAAAAACUCAAAGCCUUUUAAGACCAUACAUCUUCCUAAAUAUUGCAGCUAUAGCUCAUACAGAAGCUUUGUGCAGUGAUUUCUUUGAUUUGACUUGGGUGACUUUCUUGGUUUGUGCUAUACAGGAGGUCAGACUUAGGCUUCUGGCCUUAAAGUAUAUGAAACUCUGUUUAUGACUGACCCUUGAUUUAUUGUUAAUUGUAAUAGUGUUGAAUGAAAAACUAUGAUGUGGAAACUUGUGUUAAAGAUGGACCAUCUGCUUACACUCUGAAUUGCUGACCUCCUUAAUUUAUGUCAUUCUUAUGAAAGGGAUAACCAGUUAGUAUCUGUCUGUACUGUUGCCAUGUAACCACAUCCUUCAACUUCAUUGUGACCUUAUAUGACCAAAGAGUUAAUCCUGCAGCUAUCAGAGAGCCCAUUCCUGCAAGGUGUUCCAGAGUGCUGAGAGUUUGCUUGAGUGACUUUAUGCUUUCAGGAGAUCCUUAAGUGUUAAAGAUGCUCAGAAUAUCACCAGACGGAUUCCAUACCACUGUAAUUUGCUGCUUUACUGUCAGGUAGUAUCUUUUCACUGUAUGAUGCAUUUAAUAAUUUAUUAUUCUUAAUGGAUAAAAAAUAUACAGAACAUCAGGGGAAAAGGUUUUUAGAAAGCAAAACAAGGGAGUCACUAUAUAUUAGUGUCUCCAGUCACUUUCCUGAUCUCCACACUCAAAAAGAAUACUAUUAGAUUUAAAGAAUAUUUAUAUACAGUAAUGAGAGCACCCAUUGUUUUUUUUCAAUGACAAUAUCUUCUCAAAGGCAACCAUCCAGAAAGGCUGGUAUCACCUACUGAGUAAAGGUAUCAGAUGCCAGAACUAUUGACACAUGCAUUUAACACAACUGUUAAUUUUCAUGGCCAAAUAAAGUAACUGGCAGGCUAUAAGGGAUUGGAAGUAGUGAAGAAUAAUUAGGGUGAUUCCCAUUCAAGUGCCCUGCUGGGCUAUGAGCACUUUUUAGGGCUGGAGCCAUAGGCCAUGUUGUUAUGGCACCCUCAAAUACACCGUGCAGCACUGUGUGUAUUAUUCCUCACCUCCUAAACAGGAGCAGUGUAACCAGACUGUGUAGUUCUAGGCAGUGCGGGUAAGCUAACUGGCAUUGUCACUUGGCAGUGGUAAUUAGCAGGGAUCUGGGUUUUCCAUUUCCCACGGAAAAAUGGAGAAAACCAUGGAUUUUCCAUUUUUAUCAGAGAAAACAUGGAUUUCCCCUUUUAACAGAGUAACCUGUGGAUUUCUCACUUUUGCAAAGAGCUCUUGCAGGCUGGCUGAGUUCCAGCCUGCAAGAGCUGAUUGCAAAAAGGGUGGAAGCCCCAACCCUGCCCAGAAGGGGAGGGAGAGGAGGAUGGGUGGGCCCUGAGGCUUUUAGUCAAGUCUUGGGUCAGACUAUAUUUCCUUCUGGAGCCUGUGAAGUGGUAAGUGGGGCUUGCAGGGGCCUGGGGGGUUGCCAGGCAGGGCUGGGGCAGAAGCUGACUGGGGGUUGAGAGAGUGGGGAGGUUUGCAGCUGGCUGGGAGCUGGGGGGGUUUGCAGCCACCUGGGGGAUUUUCAGGAGGUGGGGGGUUUUGCAGCCAAGGGGGAUGGGGUUUGCAGCCAGCUGGGAGGUUUGCAGCGGGCUGGGAGCUGGUUGGGGUUGCAGUCAGCUGUGGGGUUUGCAGCUGGGAGCUGGGGGGUUUGCAGCCAGCUGGGAGGUUUACAGCUGGCUGGGAGCUGGGGGGUUUGCAACCAGCUGAGGUUUGCAGCUGGGAGUUGGGGGGGUUAGAGCCAGCUGGGAGGUUUGCAGCUGGCUGGGAGCUGGGGGAUUUUGCAGCCAGCUAGGAGGCUUGCAGCUGCUGGGAGCUGGGGGGUUUGCAGGAGUUGGGGGAGGUUUGCAGCCUGCUGGGAGCUGGGGGGUUUUGCAGCCAGAGCUCGGAGGUUUGCAGUCAGCUGGGAGCAUGGGUUUUGCAGCCUCCCUGCCCGAGUGCCAGGCCCACUGCACAUGGAACCCAAGUGGUGCUAUCGGGGACCGAGCUUGGCUCCUCCAUAUGUGGCUUCCCUUAAGAGCCAAUAGCACAACUCACAGUCCACAUGCAGUCAGCCCAGGGUCCACUCUGCAUCUUCCCCCUACCCCUCCCUGCUCCCUUAGCCCCAGGCAGCUCCCAGUGGGAGUGUGUCCAGUGUCCACACAUGCAUGCACACACACAUGCACGUACAGAUGCAUACACACAUGCACACCCAUAGAUGUGCACACGGGUGCAUACACAUGUAUACAUGCAUAGAUGCACACGUGAAAGAGGGGUACCAGGAGGGCUGGGGAGACUGUAGGGGGGAGUGAGGGACACUAGCAGCGCCAGGGGGGCUGUGAAGGGCCUUUAAUUUUAAUAAUAGAUUUGGGUUUUUUUAUCAGAGAAGUUGCAGUUUUUUUAUCAGAGAAAACCAGGAUCCCUUGUAAUUAGUUUGCUCUCUGCACUGCUUAGAGGUAGCUUAUACUGUUUCCAGUUGGUGGGGAGAGGGUCAUUGCCUAUUAGGGCUGUGUGAAAUUUCGGCAGCUGUUUUGCUUCAGAGGUGUUUUGGUCCAUUUUGGCACCCAAAACACCAAAUCUGAAAUGAAAAGGAAGGCUCCAAAACAUCUCCAAAAUUAAAUGAAACUAUCCAAAAUGUUUUGGAAAUGUUUCAGAUGUUUCAUAGCUGGGCUUGCAGGGAAACAGAAACUAACAAGAGGGAGGGGGAAGAGGGUCAGAAAGACUGCUCUGAUGUUGAUAUCUGUAGCUGGCCAGUAUCUGUGAGCUGUCCCUGAGGUCCCUGAGUGCUCUGGGGGAGGGAUUACAGCCUGCUGUCAUCCUGCGCGCAGAUCCGGGGGCCCGUGCCCUCUGGGAGGAGUCUGGCACAGACCCGCAGCCCUCCCUGUGGGUGUGGGCCCCCAACUCUGCGUGCAGGAUGACAGCAGGCUGCUGCUGCCAGCUGGGGCAGUGCCAGCACCCCAGUCUGCUCGGUGCAGCCUGCACUGAGCACAGCCGGGGGACAUGCAGGAGAAGCCCCCAUGGCUACCCAGCCUGGCCACAUUCCCUGCCCGGCUUAGCAGUGCUGGACCUGUGCCACACGACAACUGCUGUGUGGGUGCUAGGCAAGGGGGGCAAUCCCCACUGCCCCGCACUGUGCAAGGGGGCUCUGCCAUGAGUGUCUAGAGGCUCCAGUCACCACUCCUGCAUCCGGUAAGUACAGGGCUUUUUUUUUUUUUAAGUGCCAGGACUAGGCUGGGGCCAGGUGGUGGAUGGAGCCAGGCAGGGCAGCCAUGGGAGCUUCUCCCGUGGUUCCCCUUGCCCGGGGAGAGGAAGGCACAGCUGGAGGAGCUUCGGGACUACCUGCAGCCACCUGGCUGUGCCUCCCUCUUCCCAGCCAAUCCGAAUAUCUGAAACAGCAUUGAAACUCCGCAACAGAUUUGGCCGAAUUGAAACAGAGCAGUGAUCCAAAACACUGAAACGAAUCACCUCUGAAAUGGCUGACUCUGAAAUCGAAAUGAGACAUAGCCAUUUCGCGCAGCCCUAUUGCCUAUGCUGCAUGCAUGUUUGAGGGUGGUCCUGCUGGGCAUGGGAAGCUUACAGUAUGGAUUUUCCUCAGAGUUUCAUCUUCUGCAGACAAGUCUUGAACCAAAUAAUGCAUUAAUGAGCUUGGCACCAAAUACAAUGCAACAAACCACUAUAUUUGUUACAUAGAAUGAGCAGAGUCACAUAUCCCAUAGUAAUUUAAGCUGUUUGAGUCUAUACUAUAUUUAACGUUUGACCAGAUAUUCAUAUAAUAAAAUAGUCAACCUGCUGUGGUAGUCAUUUUGGGAAAAGUCAGCCAAUAUAGGCAGGGCCAAGCUACAGGGCUAUCCUCUUGUGUUAAGACAUCAGAAUAGGGUGAAAUGAAACUUAAGUGAUGGCUAAGUUUAUUGCACCAGGUUUGAUUUUUCCUUCAUGAGCUGAGUUAGGGUACACAGUCCUGUAGCUCAUGUGAGUGAUGUCUUUCAUCUGAGUAGUAAAAUUACUCAUCUGCACUACUGCUUGCAGAAUCUGAUGCUUAUUUUUUUCCAGUUUGGUUAUCCAGUUACCAUUUUGUUGCUCUGUAGAUGUUCUGUUGUAGUUACCAAGACAUUAAAUAUCAUUAUGAACAUUUAUAGCUUUGGAAGGAAGACACAGAUGUUCUAUGGAAAACUCUAGUGUUGUCUGCCUUCAUUUCAUUAACAAACAUUAAAUCAAGUGAUCUGCCUAAUGCAGAGGGAAGAAAGAGCUACUGGAGCUUUCCUUCUCCAAAGUGUGUAAGUUUGGAGUUGCACACAUGCUCAAAACUUAAAUUACUGGCGCUGACUUUAAAACUAGAGGAUUCUACAAUGGAUGUAGCAGCUGUAGGUAGAAGCCAAGAGCCUUAUUCUCUGUUUUUCCCUUUAUCUUGUUUCCUAUAUUUGUGCAAAGUUCAUACAAAAUGCUAACUAAUCAGGUUCUGAAUACUUUUCUGGUUAUGCACAAUUCACUAUUAUAAGCAAGAUUUUGCCUUUUCUUUGUUCAAAUAAGACUGUCUUUGUGUGGUAUUAGAUAUGCAAGUAUUUUAUCAUUGUGAACUGGAGGAACAUUCAAGAUUUGAAUGUCAAUUGCUUUCUGGUGUAAUAAAAGUAAAGGAUGUUUAAAAGUA